AACAUAUCACCAGAGAGAAUUGAUCAAAACCACAAGAAAUAAUGAUUAGAGCGCUGAGCACGAGGAAGGUUCGAGGCAGCUACAAGAAGCUCGGCGACGAAGAAGAAGCAGGCGCAGGGCUUUUAGAAGUGAAACCGGAGAGCGUUCCUACAAAUCCCCAUGGUCAAUCCCCGAAGGUGAAUAAACCGGUGGAGAAAACCAGGGGUUCGGCUCACCCUCUAUUUAGUUUCUUCGAAAUGAGUCUAAAGAGGAAGAAGAAGAAGAAGAGCACGACGACUGCAAAACCAGAAUUCGCUAGGUACUUGGAGUAUGUCAAGGAAGGAGGUGUUUGGGAUAACACUUCAAAUGGACCUGCCAUAUAUUACAGAUAGAUCGGAGAAAGAGAUUUCACAGAGGUUGUUUAUAUUUAUUUUCGAUUUGUGAUAUACCUUUCUAUUUGAAUAAGAAGGAUGAAUACAUACAUACAUCAAAGUAGAAAGCUCGUCCAUAAGCCAUGAUUCUGCUUCUUUGUGGACAAAUCCAUGUAAUUUAAGUUUACAGUUUGAUAGUAAGAAAAAUUCUCGGUUU